CCAUUUAUCUUUAUCCAGAAGCAGACACCCAGUGUUUGGUUCAAGAUGCGAGUCAUCGAUGCUUCAACCGGAGAUGCAAAAGCACAAUUUUUCGCUGCCCCGGCGCAGAUGGAGGUGGAGCCGUUGGUCGGGAAAGACCGGGAGGGCUUAAAGCAAUAUUAUAUUGCUAAGAUCGAAGAGCUUCAGCUGAUUGUGUCAGACAAGACUCAGAAUCUAAGAAGGCUGCAAGCACAACGAAAUGAGCUGAAUGCGAAAGUUCGUUUGCUACGCGAGGAAUUGCAACUUCUGCAAGAGCAAGGUUCCUACGUGGGUGAAGUUGUCAAGCCAAUGGAUAAGAAAAAAGUGCUUGUCAAGGUGCACCCGGAGGGCAAGUUCGUCGUGGACAUCGAUAAAAACAUUGACAUGAGCCAGGUGACUCCUAACUGCCGAGUCGCUCUGCGCAAUGAUUCGUAUACAUUACAUAAGAUACUGCCGAACAAAGUCGACCCUCUUGUCUCGCUUAUGAUGGUGGAGAAGGUGCCGGACUCGACCUACGAAAUGGUAGGCGGGUUGGACAAGCAGAUAAAGGAGAUUAAGGAGGUCAUCGAACUGCCCGUCAAACAUCCAGAGCUGUUCGAAGCGCUAGGUAUUGCCCAGCCAAAGGGCGUAUUGUUGUACGGGCCACCCGGCACCGGUAAAACGCUACUGGCGAGAGCCGUCGCGCAUCACACAGACUGCACAUUUAUUCGCGUCUCCGGUUCGGAGCUCGUACAGAAGUUUAUCGGUGAAGGUUCGCGAAUGGUGCGAGAGCUGUUUGUGAUGGCCAGAGAACAUGCGCCGUCAAUCAUUUUCAUGGAUGAAAUCGAUUCUAUCGGCAGUUCCCGGAUUGAGAGCGGAUCCGGAGGCGACUCUGAAGUGCAGCGUACCAUGUUGGAACUGCUUAAUCAAUUGGACGGUUUCGAGGCGACGCGCAACAUCAAGGUGAUUAUGGCCACAAAUCGAAUUGACAUUCUGGAUUCGGCUCUACUUCGUCCUGGCCGUAUCGAUCGAAAGAUCGAGUUUCCGCCGCCUAAUGAGGAAGCCCGUCUUGACAUACUUCGAAUACACUCGAGGAAGAUGAAUCUUACGCGUGGCAUCGAUUUACGAAAGAUCGCUGAAGCGAUGCCCGGCGCCUCUGGAGCAGAGGUUAAGGGCGUUUGCACAGAAGCUGGAAUGUAUGCUCUCAGGGAACGACGCGUUCACGUAACUCAAGAGGAUUUCGAAAUGGCGGUUGCUAAAGUUAUGCAGAAGGAUGCCGAAAAGAAUAUGUCGAUUAAGAAACUCUGGAAGUGAGCCAGCGGCAUUUUUAAAAAGCGUAAAGAAUAUAAUAAAUAGAAAGUGCGAUAGAAAUUAUGGGGCAAUCAGAAAUGAAUUGCAUAUAUAAUAAAAAGAAUGAUCACUUAGCCGUUGUCUAGUUCUGUACUAAAUACGCGUAUAGAUAUGCUGUAGGCAUGACAUAUAAUCUUUGAAUAAAAUAAGAAAAUACGGCUUCUCGAUAUAUACCGACGUAGUGCCGACAGAAUUAUGCUGGUUAUAAUUUAUUUCUGUGGGACAAUCCAAUUGUGUAGAAUUUGCAGAACGAGGUAUUUUAUUUUGUUAUAUCGCAUUUUGCAAAGGCACUCAAGGAACUAGAUGUUAUGGGGCAACUUAUUCAUAUCGUUUAUCAUUAAAGCAAUAAUUCGAAAUAUUUCUACCGUAGCGAUUAACGCCCAUUGCAGGCCUUUUCUCCAGUUUUUUAUGGUACUGGUCCGUAUUGCGGUCUAGAUCGUAUUAAUGAAGUUAUCACUAUUGACUAUUCGCAUUUUUAGACGGGAUUGAAUGAGUUGUGUUCAUUUCCAAACAAAAGUAGCCCACAGGCGCAUUAACUUAAUCUUAUAUCGACCUUGGCAUUAAGUCUACGCCAGUUAGCAAUAGAUCACGAUGAUAUUAACUUGUGUUUCUAUAGACUAAGAGAUUGAAUUUUGAUAGGUCAUUCAUGCUAUCGCAUUAUGUGCUACAAAAAACAUAUCAUAAUCUCCAUCACCGUUACAAUGCUAUGCAUCCGUUAGCAGUGACAUUUCUAUUUUUUAGAAGUACAGGGUGUUCGAAAUAAAUUGAGAUAAAAUUUUUAAAAAUAAUGUGUAUACGGCUUAAUUGCCGAACUGAAGCGGUUAUGGAAAUGACUAGCAAUUACAUUGGAUUAACACAUCCGUAUGGGAUGUUUUUGCCAACGUAUGUGAAAAGUUUUCAUAUUUCAUUCAAGUUCCGCCUAUAAAGGGGCUACAUUAAUCUUGUCACGACAGUUGAUGAGGACUAUAAUCUCCAGUGCAUAAAGCGUUUACUCUUGUAUACCGUAUGAGUAGAUCAUCAACGCCUGCUACUUCAUAAUUAGCCGAGAAAACUACGUAGAAGGACUGGACAACAUCGCGGAUGGGAACAUCCCAGUGCGGUUGACCCACAACUGUUCCUGCAGUUGCUUUCUGAAAACAAGCCAGAUUCCUAAAAAUAUGACUAUAUGAAUUGUUUUCGUUUCGAGUUUUCAUAUUACUUAAUAGUUAGUUGGUUAAAGGUCAGCAAAUCAAGUUUUUAUGAUUUAUAACUCGUGUUGUCAUGCACCGUAGACAGGGCAUAGGAACGUUAAUUACGUUAAUUAAAAUGAAUUAUUAUAUAACCAUUAGGACGGAUAUAUACUUGAUAUGCCAACAAUAAAGAUCAGCUUUACUUUC